GGUUCUGCUGGCAGGUUGUGACCCCCCGUGGAGUCGCGGUGUCCUUGCUCGCCCCAGGGUUCCUGCUCCGUCGCGCGUUUCCCCCGGGUCCCAGGUGCGCGGCCCGCGGUGUCAGAAUCAUGGUGUCAUGCAAGGGGAUUUCCUUUAUCUUAUUCUUGUUUGCGGGAAGCUAUUUUGGAAGUAUUUUUAUGCUGGGUCCCAUUUUACCUUUGAUGAUUAUAAAACUGUCGUGGUAUCGCUGGAUCAGCAGUCGCUUUGUGGCUAUGUGGCUCACACUUCCUGUGGCACUGUUGGAGACCAUGUUUGGUGUAAAAGUGGUUAUAACAGGUGAUGGCUUUGUACCUGGAGAAAGGAGUAUCAUUAUUAUGAACCAUCGGACAAGAGUAGACUGGCUAUUCCUAUGGAGCUAUCUAAUGAGGUACAGCUACCUCAGAUUGGAGAAAAUUUGCCUCAAAUAUAGUGUCAAAGGUAUUCCUGGAUUCGGCUGGGCCAUGCAAGCUGCCGCCUUUAUCUUCGUUCACAGGAAGUGGAAGGAUGAUAAGAGCCAUUUUGAAGACAUGAUUGAUUAUUUUUGUGACAUCCAUGAACCAAUACAACUUCUCAUCUUUCCAGAAGGAACUGACCUCACAGAAAAUAACAAGGCUCUGAGUAAUGAUUUUGCUGAGAAGAAUGGACUUCAAAAAUACGAAUAUGUCUUACAUCCAAGAACUACUGGCUUUACUUUUGUGGUGGACCGUCUAAGAAAAGGUAAGAACCUCGAUGCAAUCCAUGACAUCACCGUGGCAUACCCUUACAGCAUCACUCAAACUGAGAAAGACUUCUUACUCGGACACUUCCCCAAAGAGAUCCACUUCCAUGUGCGUAGGUACCCAGUCGACACACUUCCCACAGCCAAGGAGGACCUUCAGCUCUGGUGCCACAAGCGCUGGGAAGAAAAGGAAGAGAUGCUGCGGUCCUUCUACCAAGGAGAAAAAAACUUCCGCUUUACUGGACAGAGCACAGCUCCACCCUGCAAGUCUGAGCUCAGAGUCUCUGUGGUCAAGCUGCUGUCCAUACUGUACUGGACCGUGUUCCUCUUCGCAGUGUGCCUGCUCAUAUGUUUGUACAGCCCUGUUUGGUGGUAUUUUAUUGUCAGCAAUGUGUUCUUCGUGCUGCAGGGGAAAAUAUUUGGUGGACUGGAAAUCAUUGAACUCAGAUGUCACCGUUUUUUACACAAGUACCCACAUUUAAAUUCAAGGAAAAAUGAGUAAGAUGGU